AGCACACCUACUACAGCGUAGAAACUUCAGGCUCCUCGAGCAGCAGCGACCAUUCUACCCGGGUCGGCGUCACCUCCUGCAGUUCAGGUUCAGCCGUGCAGGGGAGGCGACAGGCGAGAGCCCCGUCGUACGCCGCGCAUCCGCGUUGCCUUGUUUCCCGCUGUUUUGAAGCGUUCCCGGGCGCGCGAUUAGUUUACGCGCGGCGGACGGCGACGCCCAACAAAUCCCCCCGAGCUCACCAACCAACCUAUCACGUGCCGGGACGGAGCGAUGCCUCCGUGCGCUGCUGCCGCGCGCGUUUCCUAUUUAAGCAGAGAGGCAGCUCGGCACCGGCACACCGGAGUCCAGAGCAGAGCAGAGGAGGAGGCAGUGGCCGGGGCCCGAGCGGAGAGCAGCAGAGUCAAGAGAGCGCAAAGGCAUUCUCUGCAGCUCGUCGCUCGCGUUUCCUCCACAAGAAUCGCCUCGCGCUCCACUCCGCUCGCGGGUAGGUCUCCGUCGACCGUAGGCGAUCGGCAUGGAGGCGGGGGACGCCAUGGAGAGGGGCGAGCAGCGCGCGCCGCUCCUGCCCGAGAGCCAUGGGCCAAAGAUUCAGGACGACAGCCUGCAAGUGCCGCUCUUGAAGGAUAAAAAACGCGCAGGAAGCAAGGCACCAGCAGUUGUUCUAGGGUUCGAGUGCCUGGAGAGCACAGCGUUCAGCGGCAUCUCGUCGAACCUGGUCGUGUACCUGGAGACCGUCCUCCAUGGCAGCAACUUGGCCAGCGCCUCCAAAGUCACCACAUGGUUCGGCACCAGCUACCUCACCCCGAUCUUCGGCGCCAUCAUCGCCGACACCUUCCUGGGCAACUACAACACCAUCCUCGUCUCCCUCGCCGUCUACCUUCUUGGUAUGAUGUUCGUGACCUUCUCGGCGUUCCUGCCAACGGCGGCGGUGCUCGGCGGCUCCUCGAUGUUCGGUGCCCAGACCGUGGCGUUCGUCGGGCUGUACCUCGUCGCGAUCGGGAGCGGCGGGGUGCGGUCGUCGCUGCUGCCGUUCGGCGCGGAGCAGUUCGAUGACGACAACCCGACAGACCGGGAGAGCAAGGGGUCCUUCUUCAGCUGGUUCUACCUCUGCGUCGACUUCGGGCCGAUCGUCUCCGGCCUGUUCAUCGUGUGGAUCCAGAACAACGUCAGCUGGGGCCUCGGCUUCGGCAUCUCCACCGUUUGCAUCGCGCUCGCCUUCGGUGCCUUCGUGCUCGCCACGCCCAUGUACAAGCGCCGCAUGCCCACAGGCACGCCGCUCAAGCGUCUAAGCCAGGUCAUCGUUGCCGCCUGCCGGAAGAUCGCCCUCAAGGUGCCCGCCGAUGCAGGCAUGCUCUACGAGGUCAGCGACAAGGUGGACAAUCAGCCCAAGAUCGAGCACACCGGCGAGUUCUCAUUCCUCGACAAGGCGGCCAUCAUCACCGAGUCAGACUUUGAGGAGAUAACCGAGGAGGCCGGGUCGUCCUGGAAGCUCUGCACCGUGACGCAGGUGGAGGAGCUCAAGAUCCUGCUGCGGCUCCUGCCCAUCUGGGCCACCAGCAUAAUCAUGUCCUCGGCGUACGCGCAGAUGAACACCACCUUCAUCCAGCAGGGCAGCGUCAUGAACAUGUCCAUCCUGUCGGUGUCGGUGCCGGCGGCGUCUAUGGGCUCGUUCGAGGUGACCUGCGUCCUGACGUGGGUGCUGCUCUACAGCAAGGUGAUCGCGCCGGCUGUGAGGAGCUUAUCUUCUAAUGGCGACGGCGAGCCGUCGCAGCUGCAGCGCAUGGGCGCCGGACGGCUCCUCAUGGCUCUGGCCAUGGCGGUCUCGGCGCUCGUUGAGAUGAAGCGGCUCGACAGCGCGGCGCGCGGCGAGCAGAUCACCAUCGCGUGGCAGCUCCCGCAGUACUUCUUCCUCGCCGGCGCAGAGGUGUUCUGCUACAUCGCGCAGCUGGAGUUCUUCUACGCCGAGGCACCGGACACCAUGAAGAGCACGUGCACGUCUCUGGCGCUGCUCACCAUCGCGCUGGGGAGCUACCUGAGCUCUUUCAUCUAUGCCAUCGUGGCGGCGUUCACGGCCACGGCGGACAGUCCCGGAUGGAUCUGCGACGACCUCAAUCAGGGACACCUAGACUACUUCUUCUGGACCAUGGCCGCCAUGUGCACGCUCAACUUCGUCGUGUACAGCGGCUUCGCCAAGAACUACAAGCUCAAGACGGUGCUCUCAUGACGUUAUUCAAUUGCAUAUCGCUGCACAUAACCGUCGUGCACCGGCUCAACGGCCAGUACAUAGGAAACAUACAGGGGUACAGUAGGAAGAAAAUGCAGGAUUUCUUUUUGCCCCUUUUCCUUUUCCUUUUCUUCUUAUUGAAGAAACUGCACAGAUUCCUGUAGCAGAAUAGUUUUUUUUUCUUUUUGGAACUUUUGUCUUGUUUUUCCACAUACAGUUGAUGAGUUGAAAGACUACGAACAUCAAUGUCAAUGUGCCCUUUUUUGAUAAA